AAGUCGGACAUCAUGAAUCCAUUGCGUAGCUUCGAAGUCAAAUGAGUAGGAAUCAGCAAGCAAGCAGCAGCAGCAGCAGCAAGCCAGUAUAAUUAUAUUUCAUCAUUGGGCAUGCUCGAAAAAAUGAUCCAAAGAUUCGCAUAAAUUUUACGAGCCGUAAAACCGCAGUAAAAUUUUGCAUUUUUACCAUGGCUGAAAAUGCGUUUUGGGGCGGCAACCAGUAAGCCAGGAGCAACCGCGACACGGAAUAUAUAGGAAUGAUUUACUCGAGUCGACGGCUUACCAUUUUGUCAUUUGGUGCUCGCUCUUUAAUUCUAUCCGAAGUUCAAAACUGAAGAAGAAGCUGUGGGAGCAGCCAUGGCGGAAGCGGAAGAACCCCAACGGCAGCAACAUCGCGACCCAGCCCCGCAGAACGAUUUCUCCUUCAGCAUCUGGCCGCCGUCGGAGCGAGCUCGCAAGGCUAUUAUCGACCACGUCGUCAAAACCCUGUCGGCUCCCUCCGUCCUUUCCAAGCGUUACGGUUCCAUUUCCCCCGACGAGGCCGCCAUCACCGCUCGCCUCAUCGAGGAAGAGGCAUUCUCCUACGCCGCCCAGGGCGUUUCUGCUGGCGGCGAUGGCGGCAUCGAAAUCCUCCAGGCCUACUCCAAGGAGAUCAGCAAGCGGAUGAUCGAAGCCGUAAAGUCCAAAGCAGCCUCCGGUUCCGACGCGCCCUCAUCGGCUGCUCCGGCCGCCAGUGAGGCAUUCUCGUCUGUUGACGCCGAGUCUUCUUAGACAAAUUCAGUUUCUAAAAUGCUCGUGCGGCUUUAUAUGCUUUGAGUGUGUUGGUUGUAUCUUUAGAUCUGAUCACGGUAGAUUUGAAUUUUGAGGUGAGUGCUCCAUAUAUUCGUCAGAUUGAUUAUCGAUGCAUUUUGAUUUGGAUAGUAGACUUCUGGUUUGGCGUGUUACUAUCAUAGUUUUGGGUUGGAUGAAACGAUUGAGAUGGGGUGUUUGGAUUGCUUCACCAUGUACACUGUACUUCUCGCAUGUUUUUUUAUUGUAAGAAUUGGUGGUUCUUGAAA